UUAACUUAUUUUAUAAUAAAAACCUGGAGAACAGUUUACGAUGGAUGCCCACAAAUAACAGUGCGCCAGCGACACACCAAAUCAACCCUACUUCACCUCCACCUCUCCCCGGUUCAACGGGUGACUCAGUCCUGAUAUUCAAGAGCUGUUUCUAGAGAAUUUGGUGCAACUGAAUAGCUUGCGCCAGGCUUAGGCUUACGCUUAAUAUAUUUAACAAAAACACCCCUUUUCCAAAUAUUGAAUGUCGGCAUCGCGGAGAUUUCUCUGCACUUUAUCCCACUCCUUUACUCAUAAAUCCACUCUUUUUCCUUUCUCUCGCUCUCGCUACUUUUAUACUCUAGCCAUGUCCCAAAAACAGACAAAGCCGAACCCGUUUACAUCUGCUUCCGCAUCGGUCGAUGAAGCUGUUACUUCCAAGCUCGGUGGUUUGAGUAUCUCUGACGGACACGUUUGGAAGCCGAAGUCCUAUGGAACCGUUACUGGAUCCAACGCCGCUUCCGCCGCUGAUGUUCAAACCGAGAAGAACAAUGUUGAUUUGAGUAGAAUUUUUUUGAAUCCUAAUUUGUUAGAAAAUUUCAAAGUUGAUAAUUCGACUUAUUCACUUGCACAAAUCAGAGCUACUUUUUAUCCGAAAUUCGAAAACGAAAAGUCUGAUCAAGAGAUUAGGAUACGGAUGAUCGAGAUGGUGUCUAAAGGUUUGGCUACUUUGGAGGUUUCACUUAAACACUCUGGAUCUCUUUUUAUGUAUGCGGGCAAUGAGGGUGGAGCAUAUGCUAAAAACAGCUUUGGAAAUAUUUACACUGCUGUCGGUGUUUUUGUUCUUGGGCGCAUGUUUCAUGAGGCUUGGGGAAGUAAAGCUGGAGAGAAGCAAGCGCAAUUCAAUGAUUUCAUUGAGCGGAAUCGUAUUUGCAUAUCAAUGGAGUUGGUAACUGCAGUUCUUGGAGACCAUGGACAGCGCCCUCGAGAAGACUAUACUGUAGUAACAGCUGUCACUGAAUUGGGCAAUGGAAAGCCAAAGUUCUACUCCACUCCUGAAGUGAUUGCUUUUUGUCGUAAAUGGCGUCUACCGACUAAUCAUGUAUGGUUGUUCUCAACAAGGAAGUCAGUUACAUCAUUUUUCGCUGCUUAUGAUCUGUUAUGUGAAGAAGGAACGGCGACUUCUGUAUGUAGGGCUCUUGAUGAAGUUGCAGAUAUAUCUGCACCUGGUUCUAAAGAUCAUAUUAAGGUGCAGGGAGAAAUCUUGGAGGGUCUUGUUGCUCGUAUUGUAAGUCAUGAGAGCUCAAAACAUAUGGAGGAGGUCUUGAAAGAUCACCCUCCUCCACCUGCUGACGGAGCUGGCAUGGAUUUGGGACCAAGUCUAAGGGAAAUUUGUGCUGCAAAUAGGUUGGAUGAAAAACAGCAAAUAAAGGCUCUCCUUCAAAAAGUUGGUUCUUCCUUUUGUCCUGAUCAUUCAGACUGGUAUGAUUCACAUUCAAGAAAUGCAGACAGAUCUGUACUUACAAAUUUUUUGCAAGCUCAUCCUGCUGAUUAUUCAACUGCUAAGUUGCAGGAAAUGAUUCGUUUGAUGAAAGAAAAACGUUUUCCAGCUGCAUUCAAAUGUUAUCAUAACUUCCACAAAGCUGAAUCUAUGUCAAGUGACAACCUUUUCUAUAAAAUGGUCAUUCAUGUCCGUAGUGACUCAGGAUUUAGGCGUUAUCAAAAGGAGAUGAGGCACAAGCCAGGAUUGUGGCCUCUUUAUCGAGGUUUUUUUGUUGAUGUUAAUUUGUUCAAGGCAAACAAGGAACGAGCUGCUGGAAUUGCAAAAAGCAACAAUGAUAUAGUAGGACAUGUAAAUAAUGGAAGUAGCACAUCCACAAUAGAUGGUUUAGCCAAUGAAGAUGCAAAUCUAAUGAUUAAACUGAAGUUUCUUACAUAUAAGUUGAGAACAUUUCUGAUCCGCAAUGGGUUGUCGAUUCUUUUCAAGGAUGGUCCAGCUGCUUACAGGGCUUACUAUCUCAGGCAAAUGGAGAUUUGGGGCACUUCAGCAGGAAAGCAGAGAGAACUCAGCAAGAUGCUUGAUGAAUGGGCUGUGUACAUUCGAAGGAAAUGUGGAAACAGACAAUUAUCAUCAGCAAUAUACCUUUCUGAAGCCGAGCCAUUUCUUGAACAGUAUGCAAAACGUAGUCCAGAGAAUCAGGUUCUAAUUGGAUCUGCUGGGAACUUGGUAAAGACUGAAGAUUUCUUGGCAGUUGUUGAAGGAGGCAUGGAUGAAGAGGGUGAUCUUGCGACAGAACGGGAGGAAGCAGCAGCAAGUCUUAGCCCCUCAGUCAAGGACACUAUUCAGAAAAAGGAGGGUUUGAUUGUAUUUUUCCCAGGAAUACCCGGUUGUGCAAAGUCUGCAUUUUGCAAAGAACUAUUAAAUACCCCAGGAGGACUUGGAGAUGAUCGACCAGUUCAGAGUUUGAUGGGUGACCUUAUCAAAGGAAAAUAUUGGCCCAAAAUAGCUGAUGAGCGCCGGAAAAAGCCAUAUUCUAUAAUUCUUGCAGAUAAGAAUGCACCAAAUGAAGAAGUUUGGAAACAGAUUGAGAACAUGUGCCAUAGCACCAGAGCUUCAGCUGUUCCAGUCAUACCUGAUUCUGAAGGGACCGACUCAAAUCCAUUUGCUCUUGAUGCAUUAGCUGUUUUCAUGUUUCGUGUGCUUCAACGAGUCAAUCAUCCGGGUAAUCUUGACAAGUCAUCUCCAAAUGUUGGCUAUGUGAUGCUAAUGUUUUAUCACCUUUAUGAUGGAAAGAGUCGCAAUUAUUUUGAGGAUGAAUUGGUUGAACGUUUUGGCUCUCUUGUCAAGAUACCAUUGUUGAAACCUGACAGGAGUCCCCUACCUGCUUCUUUGAUAUCAGUUCUGGAAGAGGGAAUAAAUCUAUACAAUCUUCACACUAAGAGACAUGGAAGAUUGGAGUCGAAUAAGGGUUCAUAUGUACAGGAGUGGGCUAAAUGGGAGAAGAAAUUAAGGGACACUUUGUCUGCCAAUGCUGAAUAUCUUAAUUCUAUUCAGGUUCCAUUCGAGUUUGCAGUUCAGCAAGUGUUGGAACAGCUGAGAAAGAUAGCAAAGGGUGACUACACUAUACCAAGUACUGAGAAGAGGAAGCUUGGAACUGUUGUUUUUGCUGCUGUCGACUUGCCUGCUGCAGAAAUCCAGGGGCUUCUUAACAAGUUGUCUGGUAUGAACUCCAAUGCUGAAGCAUUCCUCGAGGACAAACCUAUGGACAACUUCCUCAGGAAGGCUCAUGUGACUCUGGCUCACAAGAAAAGUCAUGGUUUCUCAGCUGUGGCUGGUUAUGGUCUCUACCUCCACCGUCAGGUUCCUGUGGAACUGAACGCUCUUCUGUUCACUGAUAAAAUGGCCGCACUUCAGGCCCAACUUGGUUCCAUUGACGACGAAAAGAUAGUGUCGAAAAAUGAAUGGCCCCAUGUUACCAUAUGGACUGGGGAAGGAGUGGCGCCCAAGGAGGCCAACACAUUACCUCAAUUGCUCUCAGAAGGGAAGGCAACUGUUGUUGAAAUCAACCCGCCACUCACCGUAUCAGGUACGGUGGAAUUUUACUGAGAACGCUGUAAAUGACCCUUUCUUCAUUAGCUCAUGAGAGUUGCUCAUGAAUCGGGUUGGAAUUGGAUCAAAUUGGUAUACAAAAAAGGAAAUAAAAUUGCCUACUCUGAGUUUCCAUUUCAUGAGAUUUUGCGGAUACACAAUAAAGGGGAAUGGGCAUAGUGCAGUGCCACAUUUUUGUUCAAUGAAUUUUGGCUUCUAAUAAACAUAUGUUCAUAACACGAGAGUGUUUAUGUUCAUAACAAGUAAAUUCAUGUACAAAUUUGGCAUAGGAAAAAAACGGUGCGAUUGUGGUUUACUUCUAUUUGUGUUAUGUUAUCCUCACAAAUAUAUAUAUUUUUAUAAAUUUUAAUACGAUAAAUACUACUUAAUUUAGAUAAA